AAAACGAAUUAUUAGCAUAGUAUUCUCGAUUUCUCAAAACGUCUCUCCUCUUUCUCCGCCUCACUAUUUAGCUCUCGGAGCUCUGCUCUGAUUCUGCCGGCGGGGAGGUUGAAAUGUCGUCAAAGUUUCCUCUAUCUCCCAUCAGCCAUCAGUUAUGUCGGAGCAGCUCCAGGUUCUUGAACACCGCGACGACUCCCCGGUUCUGUUCUCCGGUUUCUUAUCCUUACCUCAUCGGCUCGUCCAGUCAGUUACGCGCUCACCACCCUCUGAUCUCUUUCGCGGUUACAAAGGAUUCUCUGUUGCAUGACCUCGGAGCCACCGGGGCAGUUCUUGGUGGAGCCUACGCGCUCGUCUUGACCUUCGAGAGUCUCACGAAGCGAAACGUGGUUUCACAGAGAUUGAGUAGAAAGCUUGUGCACAUACUCUCAGGUCUGCUUUUUGUACUCUCGUGGCCAAUCUUCAGCGCAUCGGAGGAGGCUAGAUACUUUGCUGCUUUAGUUCCACUAGUGAAUUGCGUAAAGCUUGUUGUCAAUGGAUUAUCCGCCUCUCCCAAUUCCACGCUAAUCAAAUCCGUCACUAGAGAAGGAAGACCAGAAGAGUUGCUUAGAGGUCCAUUGUUCUACGUUCUAGCGCUUCUCGUCUCUGCGGUUUUCUUCUGGAGAGAUUCUCCUAUCGGUAUGAUCUCGUUGGCAAUGAUGUGUGGUGGCGACGGAAUAGCUGAUGUCAUGGGACGUAAAUUUGGAUCACAGAAGAUACCUUACAACCCAAGGAAGAGCAUAGCGGGAAGCAUCUCCAUGUUCAUAUUCGGCUUCUUCGUCUCUAUCGGGUUACUUUACUUUUACUCAAGCAUUGGGUACCUUCACAUGAACUGGGAAACGACCUUUACAAAAGUCGCGAUAGUCUCAAUGGUCGCUACGUUGGUCGAGUCAUUACCCAUCACCGAUCAAUUAGACGACAAUGUUUCUGUUCCUCUGGCUACUAUUUUGGUUGCUUAUGUAAGUUUUGGAUAUUAGAUUACAUCAACAUCCCUCAUAAACCGAACAAAAUGCAUCUGUAUCACUUGUGAAUCUGACCUAGGAGUUUAGGCAUGCUAGUAGUUGUAUUACUUGUAUUUCUUUUCGCUCUGCAUCAUUUACAUUACUGCUCAAAGAUUCAUAACUAUUCUAGUUUCGGUUAGAGAA